AUGUUAAGAUUAUUUGUACAAGAACUUUACCCUAUAGUUUUAAUCCAGGUGUUAAUUUAAAAUGGUUUCAAAGUGGUCAUCAUGCCUAUAUAGUUGACUUCACGUUCACACGGUAAUCAUACGCAAUUUAAAUGGUCUAUCAUAAAUAUUAACAUUUAGAUACAGACAUAGCCACAUUAUUUAGUGACACAAUUUAUCUCCAUUUUGGAAUAACUUUGUUCUUGAUCUAUGGAUGUUAAUCUUAGUAAUCGGAAAUUCAAACUCAACUACCAAGGUAACUUAUUUAAUAUUAGACCCCAAGUGCAUUGACAUAAUUGGAUAUAAAUGUUUGACAGGUCAUUUGUACCAUAAUCUCUCACGUUGAAUACAAUAGGUUUUUAAUAUUGUCGAAUAUGAACAAGUUGACUCUUGAUCUACACGAGAAAUGUAUUUUUAAUGGAAUAAUGUUCUGUAUGAUUUUAAUCUAUUAUCUCCACUAUAAGAAAAAAAUCAUAUGUACACCACCUCAUUGUCUACCGCUAUAACCCUUUCCCUCUUUCUAAAACUGAGAUCAUAAGUCAAAAGAUAAAAUCAUGUCUUCCUCUAAUAAACUGAAGAUUUCUCUUCAAGAAAUAUUAUCGGCAACUAACGGAUUUGCUGAAGCAAACAUCGUUGGAAUUGGUGGAUAUGGCAGAGUUUACCGAGGCGAAUCAAGGCAACAUGGAGACCUCGCAGUAAAGCGGCUGAUUCUUAGUCCGCACGGACAAGGAGAGCAUGAAUAUGGGAUGGAGGUUUCACUGCUUUCAAAAUAUAAACAUGAAAACCUUGUAUCUCUUAUCGGAUUUUGCGGAGACAAUGGGGAGAAGAUCUUGGUUUACAAAUAUGAACCAAAUGGGAGUCUUGACAAAGCUUUGCGUAGAAAAGAUUUGUCCUGGAUGCGUCGUCUUGAGAUUUGCGUGGGCGCUGCCACUGGGUUGAGGUACCUUCAUAAUGAAACUGGAUCUGGACACGGAGUCAUCCACCGUGACAUCAAGAGUUCGAACAUACUCUUGGAUGAGAACUGGAAUGCCAAGAUUUCAGAUUUUGGAUUGUCUAAAAUAGCUCUUACAAAUUCAGCCGAUUCAGUUGUGUUUACCAUUCCUUGUGGAACACGGGGUUAUGUUGAUCCACAAAUACUAAACGGUGGUAUCACACAAAAAUCUGAUGUUUAUUCUUUUGGGGUUGUACUGUAUGAAGUCUUGUUUAGCAAGCUUGUUGCCAAUCCUGAAUUUCUUAGUGACAAUUGUUUUACUAUCAACAUUGCCAAAAAACAUUACAAAGAGAAAACAUUGCAUAUGAUGAUUGAUCCUGAUCUAAGAAAUGAAAUGGAUUCUAAGUCCUUGAGUACAUUUUCAACCAUUGCAUAUCAAUGCUUGAAGGAACGCACAGAUGAUCGUCCCACAAUGAGCUUGGUUGUGGAAGCACUUGAAAAAGCAUUAUACUAUGAACAACGGAGCAAGCUUCCCCGUGCCAUGCAAGGAAGCUUGUGGGCAGAUUUUCAAAUAAAUGAAGAGCCCCAAAGUGAAUUCGAUGCGUUAGAAGUUGAGACAUUAUUCCGUGCUACUACGAUCCCAAAGAAAGAUACUACUGAAGGAGGACGACGCAGUUCAGAACUCGGCAAAGUCUACUUGGUUGACUGGAGGAGGGCCAAUAGCACGGAAAGCAUGCUCAUGAACGUUAAGAUGCCGCUUCCCAACAUGAUUGUCGUGUGUUACGGACUUAGAGAUUUAUAAACCCCAGAAGCAAUAACAUACCGAGCAAACCAAGGUGAGUUCACACAGCCAAGGCAUGGGGUUCCCAGGGUGGGAAUGGGAUAGAUUACUUACUGGUACUUAUUUAUACUGGAACGUAGUGAUGUGAUUUGAUGAACUAUGGUACAUACUCAGCUGAUUGAACUACGACUAGACUAGUAACACUUA